AUGGCGCCCCUUCAUGUCCUUGGGUUCGGGCUUCUGCUCGUCGCGGCGACGAUGACGGUGGCUGCGGCUCAACAAGAAUGUGUCUGUGAAAACUACAAGUAUUCCACAGAAUGCUCUUUGAACCCAAGUGGUGAAUGCCAGUGUAUUUCAAUUGGUACACAAAAUAGUGUCGUUUGUUCAACAUUGGCUUCCAAAUGUUUGGUGAUGAAGGCAGAAAUGACUAACUCAAAGUCUGGGAGAAGAAAGAAACCUGAAGGGGCUCUGCAGAACAAUGAUGGCCUUUAUGACCCUGAGUGUGACGAGCAGGGGCUCUUUAAAGCCAAGCAGUGCAAUGGCACUGCCACAUGCUGGUGUGUGAACACUGCUGGGGUCAGAAGAACCGACAAGGGCACUGAAAUAACCUGUUCUGAACGAGUGAGGACCUACUGGAUCAUCAUUGAACUAAAACACAAAACAAGAGAAAAACCUUAUGAUGUUCGAAGUUUGCAGCUUGCACUUAAGGAUAUGCUCACGACACGUUAUCUGCUGGAUUCCAAUUAUAUCGAAAGUAUUCUGCUUAAAAGUGAAUCCUUGUUCCAUCCUUCUAAGCAAAUGGACUUGAAAGUAAAUGGGGAGCCACUGGAUCUGGACCCUGGUCAAACUUUAAUUUACUAUGUUGAUGAAAAAGCACCUGAAUUUUCCAUGCAGGGUCUAAAAGCUGGUGUUAUUGCUAUCAUUGUAGUUGUGACAUUAGCGAUUAUUGCUGGAAUUGUUGUGCUGGUUAUUUCCAGAAAGAAGAGAAUGGCAAAGUAUGAGAAGGCUGAGAUAAAGGAGAUGGGUGAGAUGCAUAGAGAAUUCAAUGCAUAACUACUGUAAUUUGAAGAUGAACUACAAGAAGGGAGAUUAGUAAACGGACUCAGAUUCCAAAUGUGUGCACACAGAACAAAGAGAAGAUCUUCGAGGAUUAUUGUUUCGUUAGUUAACAUCAUGUAUUUGCAGUAGUGAAGUCUAUGCUCAGAAUGUAAGCAGCGUGAAAUUGGCUUUAACCAAUCUAAAAAUUUCACCACAAGUGUCUUAUAAAUGCAGAUCUAAUAGAAAACCCAAACUUGGACUGAGUAGUUAGAAUUGUUUCUGCAUAGCGUUGAAGAAUAUGCACUAGACAUGCUUCUACGGUAGAGUUUGAAUGACUGCUAUCUCA